AUGCUGUUGGCACAAGGAGGAUUAGAGCUCCAAGAGAUUUUCUUUAAUAUUCCGGGAGCUGAUGUGGAGGGUGACGAAGAAAAUGGUAUCGAUCCUUUUGCAGUUGCUGUAGAGAAAUUAGACGAAUACUUUGCACCCCAACGUCACGAGGCACAUGAGCGGUACGUGUUUUGGGGAACUAAACCAGAACCGGGUGAAAGUUUGGUAAAGUUUUUGAUGAGAGCUCGAACAUUUGCGGAGAGAUGCAACUUAGGGAAGACAUCCGCUGAAAGUACAUCGAUCGCAGUUGUAGAUAAGAUGCUUCAAUUUGUACCAACUGCACUGCGUGAAAAGAUGCUUCAGGAGAAAUCUAUCACGUUGGAUGACGUAGUCAGACAAGUGAAUGCUUACGAAACCAGCCGUUCCGCUAGUGAACAGAUAAGUGGAAAGUCAAUUCUGCAGCAGGCUGUCGGAACUGAAGAGAACGUUCCGUUCGUUCGGAAGACCUGCAAGUACUGUGAAAGAUCUCACGGACCGAAUCAGGAAUGUCCCGCACGGGACAAAACAUGCUCUGUCUGCGGCAAACGAGGCCACUUUCAUGCUGUUUGUUAUUCGCGGAAUAGGAAUAAUUCUCCAGCAAACAAAUCGGUCAAUCGAACCUAA